CUUCUAUUCAUAGAACACUUCUUCUUCAUUACAUUGCUUAAACUUGUUGCUAACUGCCCCCCCUCCUCAAAAAAAAAGAGAAACAUGCAGUUUAUUGUAGAAACUCACUAAAUUGUUCUUUUUUAAAAAAUUUUAAUUUGACCACAUUACAUAAUCACUUAGAAGAUAAUUACUGACGUGACUGCAUUAUCUAUAUCUAUAUCUCUAUAUACAUAGAAGAUAGUGACAAUAUUGUUCAAUGAAUCAAAAUAUCAUCUUAUUAUUAUUAUCCAUUAUAAUCUAUUAUCAUUUAUUUGUUGAUUUCACUUAUGGUAUAAAAAGUCAUAUAUGCAGUAAAUACAAUGGACAACCGGUAUGUUGUCCAGGUUGGAGAAAUGGUAUUGGAGCACCAUGUAUAAUACCUGUUUGUGCCGGUAAUUGUGGUGAACGUGGUGAAUGUAUCAAACCAAACACUUGUAUUUGUUCUGAUCGACGUCUUCGUUUCAGUUGUAAAGAAGAGGAUAUUGAUGAAGAAUCAGAUACAAUGCAACUUGAUCAAGCUGAAAAUCAAUGUCCGGAUAAUUGUAAUGAACAUGGAACAUGUGAAAAUGGAGCAUGUAUUUGUCGAACAGGAUAUAGUGGAUUAAAAUGUGAAAUUAAACUAACAGGUGCUUGUUACAUAUCACUGAAACGUGGAUUAUGUGUUAAUCCAAUGCAAUAUAGAAUAUCUCAAUAUGACUAUGAAGCUAUUCCAUUAACUCAUGAAGUAUGUUGUAAUGCAUUAGGAAUUGCAUGGGGUGAACCAUGUCAAAUUUGUCAAAGUACACAUUGUGGAAAAGGAUAUGAACAAAUUGAUGGAGUAUGUAAAGAUAUUAAUGAAUGUGAAGUGGAUGGAGUUUGUCAACGAGGUCAGUGUAUCAAUGAAGAAGGAUCAUACAAAUGUAAUUGCCCAGAAAAUACACAUUUUGACAAAUCAACAUUAGAUUGUGUUUACACAUUAAAAAUGCCAUGUGAGUUAGAUCCUCACAGAUGUCAUAAUGGAGGAAAAUGUAUAGAUCUACCAAGUGGUGAUUACAAGUGUAUAUGUCCGUGGGGAACUAGAACUUCACAAGAUAGAAAAUCCUGCAUAGAAGAUAAAGAAUUUCAUUUUGAUAUAUGUCAAUUAUAUAAAUCAUCUGUAUGUAAAAAUGGUCAAUGUAUACCACGUGGGAAUACAUAUGAAUGUAUAUGUAAUGAAGGUUUUGAACCGUCAGAAGAUCGUAAAACAUGUCAAUAUAAAGUUGAUAUUUGUUCUGUUCAUCGAGGAUAUUUAUGUACUAAUGGACAUUGUAUACCAGCUGGUCGUGAUUUCUUUUGUGAGUGUAAUCCCGGUUUCACUUUAUCCUAUGAUCGUAGAAGAUGUAUGAGUAAAUGUGAAGAAUUAGGACCAAGUAUUUGUCCAAAUGGUUAUUGUAUUGCUUUGUCAAAUGGUGAUUAUGAAUGUCAAUGUGAAUUAGGUUAUCAAAGUACAUCGGAUCAUAAAAAAUGUAUCAUGCAAAUGGAAGAAUCUAAUUCAAAUGUACAUUUUACAAAAUCUGUUCAAUAUUACAAAAAUAGUUACUAUGGUAACAAAGAAAAUGAACCUUAUGAAAAUCCAAUAGAAAUGAAUAAACCACAAAUUGAUCAUUCUGAAGUUGAUGAUGAAAAGUCAUAUAACUGGUGGCAAAGUGACAGUUUAUCAAAGAAACAACAUAAAUCCUAUUCACAGUUGACUUACUUGAAGUUACGAAACGUUGUCAGAAAUACAAUCUCUCUACUCAUUGGGAUAUAACAGAAAAAUAUUAACUUUAUACCCAAUGCUCAAUUUAUUUGGAAUUAUCAAGUCAAAUCAUGCCAUUGGCAGUUAUAAAAUCAUCGUAUUUCAUGAUAUCAGAACCGUCUUCUAUUCGAGAGCAUGACUGUACUUUAGAAUGUUUUAUUACGGAAUUAUACGCCAGAAAAGGUUACAAACAUCUUGAAAGUUCUGUCAAUAUUUCACAAAUACGUUGGAUUUUUAUUUUUUUAACCGAUAACAUCCUGGAAGCAGCUCUGAAUGAAGUAUUGUGAUGAUGAUUCACGGGUGAACUUGAGGAAGCUCAGAGAGAGCCGAAGAUAUUCCAUCCAAUCAUCUUCUGGAGGAAUAUUUCAGAAUCUCAACGUGGAGCUUCCCUAUUGGACAAAUGCUAAUAAGCCCUUGUAUGCGGAUUGGAUGACUAUAAUGAUGAUUUCGUUUUUACGAAAAAAACUAUACCUGACAGUUGUGUACUGUAAAUGACACUGUUUGGGAUAGCAUUCCUUUCACUUGUCUUCCAACUUCUCAUUUGCAACGUGAAAAUGUUCUAGAGUUUUAGUGCUCAAGUUAUACGCGGUAUAUCAAGAAUCUAAGCUCUUGAUAUAAGAAGUAUAUGGUAAUGUCGCGUUUCCAAUAAUGAAGGCAGAAUUGAUGAAAACUAACAAGUGGAUGAUAAUACGUUUCUUUGAGACGACUCACAGUAUAUCUAAUCAGUUAGCAAUAAAAAAGAUACACAUAUUAAGAUUGACGCUUAUUUACCCGUCAUAAUUUCCCGAAUGGGGUCUUAAAAAUCGUUUGAUUGUGCUACUUUAGACGUUAUCAAGUAUCGUCCUUGAUAUUGUUUUUCACGACAUCCUUCAUAGAAGUGAAAUGAAUCCCAUUAAAUGAUAGAAAUCUUCCUCGGUCAUAAUUCUGAUCAAACUGCAUUGUUGUUCAUUUUAAAAAACACUACUUACUGAUUUUGCGAUCUGUUCUAUUUCUCUAUUAUAGGAUCAUUUCAUUUGGGGGGUUUAUUAUUAAAGCGCACCCACAUAGUAACCAUAAUUAUAUUUAAUUUUUCACUUUCUAAUCUAUUUCAGAUUCAAAUGAAUACUUAUUAGAAGUUGAAUAGUUCUUUGAUUCACUAAAACCACUGCAUUACUUACUCGUAUAUCCUGGAACGAUCGAUUAGGUAAUGCAGUUGUUAGAAAACGGGUACUAGGUAAUGAUGGCGAAUCGAUUGAUGAAGUAGUGAGACGUCAUCGUAUGAGAUGGUUGGGACACGUGUUACGUAUGCCCAACCACCGACUGCCCCGACAUGCUAUGUUUUCUGGUGUGGGAGUAAGUUGGAAAAAAGCUAGGGGUGGCCAAAAUAAAACAUGGCACAAAUCUAUGAAGUCACUGACACGUGAACUGAGUCAUGUUGAUAGGUGUAGACUACCUGGUUAGGACCCGCGAAACGAUAGCAACCGAUGGUUAGAGACCUUGAAUAACAUGGCUCAAAAUCAUUUGAGAUGACGCAGGUGCAUCCACUUUUUGUGUUCUCCCAAAAUUCUAAUCUUCUGAAUUCUUCAUAUCCCUGGAUUAUACGCCUUGAAUAACAUCUUCAAGCCCUAAUCUUUCUGAUUACUGCUUAUACUUUUAUUACCUCUAUCACUAUGGGAUUUGAAUCGACAAUUGUAUCUCUGUGUUAAUGUGCUAUGGCAACUUGAACUGAUGUACGUACGUACAAAGAUCUACGUUGUUACUGACUGACUGAUUGAUUGACUGAAAACCAUUUGUAGUUUGUAAAAUUUUGUUCUCACUCUUAAACAAAAUACCUUUUUCAAUUUAUUCUCUUAGAUAAACAACAAG